AUGCGCGUCGGCGGUGGCGGUGGCGGCGGCAGCGGCGGCGGCAGCGGCAACGGUAGCGGGGGCGCCGGCGCCGGCGCAGGUGGCGGGCGCUACAACGAGCGGGAGGUGAUCCCGCCUUCCUCCUCCCUCUCUUCUGCCAAUGCCUCGCGGUCGGUCUCGCUCGCCCUCAUGGCGGCACCGUUUGAGGGGAGCACCGCCUGGAACGCCUCCGAACGUAAGCGGGAGUUCGACUUGGAACAAGGCGGCGGCGGCGGCGGCGGCGGUGACGGCGGCGGCAACGGUGACCGCGGUAACGGUGGCGGAGGCGGAGGAGGAGGAGGAGGAGGAGGAGGCGAAGGCGGCGAAUGCGGCUACGGUACCGACGGCAGCAGAGCCACAACACUCGGCGGGAGCAGGAUGGGCCCGCGCUUUGCGAACCCUCUGUACGCUUUCCGGGUUCCCCCUAAGGGGGAGCUGGGACACGGGACGUCGACGGCGGCGGUGGCGGCGGUGGCGGCGGUGGCGGCGGCUACGGCGAGCCCUAGCGCUGCCGGCGACAUGGACGAGGACGACUACGGGGCGGAGGUGAAGGAGGGCGGGGGCACGGGUUUCUGCGUGGGCGGCGAUGCUCGCGACAACAGCGGCAUUGGGGGCGGUGCCGGUUGCCGGGUCGGGGUUUCCCCGCGGAAGGCGGUAGCUACGACGCCGGCGGGCGGUGGCGGAAGGAGCGAAGGCCUCGACGGCGGGGACGAACCGACAACAACCGAGCACGACCAGCACAACGAAGGUGUUGUUGCCGGAGGAGCGGACUUCAGCACGGCUACGACCGGCGCCUUCAGCGACAGCCUCGGCGACCGGAGCAACGGCAACGGGACGUACCCGCAGCCCGUGGGCAUGGAAGGGGUCGGGCCGCUAGGGAACGGCAGUGAAGCGGCCGACGCCGCGGAGGCGUUACGACGGUCGUCCGCGCCCGACUUCCCGCGCGCGCGCGACAACAACGGCAAGAACCCUCCCCUUCCCCGGCGCCGGUCGCUGGGAGACGACCCCCAGGCCCGAGCCAGGCGUACGGCCGGCCGCUUCACCUCCUCCUCCUCGUCCUCCAUCGCCGCGUCUUCCGUGCUCCAGGCGGCGGAGGGAGCCGUUGCGGGGGCGCAGUCUCUCUCCCCGCUGGAGACGUUCGUGCCGGGAGCGCGGGAAGUGUCCGGCGUGGUCGCCGGGCUCGCCAGGCUGGCAGCCGCGAGCCACAAGGGCGACCCUAAGGAUAAGCGGCGCAGGGUCCGGUGGUGCCGGUCGGUGGUGCUGACUCUGGAGCGGGCCCUGGCGGUGCUCGGAAAGGCGACGGAGCAGGACACCGAUGCAAUACGCGUCGCUCUCGGGGCGGUGCGGGAGCCCGUUGCGUGCAUGGUGGAGAUCGUGCACUCGUACAAGAACAAGCACGUCGUGUCGGAGGUGUUCUUCUCGACCAUGUUCCGACGGCGCCAGAAGGAAGCCGACGAAGCGAUCCUGUCAGCCGAACGCCUUCUGUCCGCUCGGCAGGAUAACUCCGAGAGCCAAAGGAAAACGUCGGAGGUGAUUCUUGCGAAGGCCGAGCGGAAGCGGAGACACCGACAGACGGUUCUUCUGGACGAGGUGGACAUCCCCCCUUCCUCCCUCGAGAUCGUGGAGGACGAGGUGCUCGGGCUCGGCGGUUUCGGCACGGUCUUCCUCGCUGACCUCGCUGGCGGCCUCAACGCCGCCGCGAAGGUGGUCACCUUCCCCCGCGGCUCCGCCGACCACGGCUGCGGCGGCGACGAGGACGGUGCCUCACGUGCCGAUGACGGCGACGGCGACGAGGACGAUGACGUCGAGUACGACGCCUCCAUCGACACCGGCUGCAACAACAGCGUCAACGACGGCAACAUCAGCAGCGGCAGCGCGCCCGUCCCGCCCGUCGCCGUCGCCGCCGUCCACGACAACCGGAGCCCCAGCAUGGCCGGAGACCGGGCCGUGGACCUGCUGCCGCGGCUGCGGAUCGUGGAGCCGUCGGACCAGAAGGCGAGGAGGAGGGCGGUGGUGGCGAAGGCGAAGAGAUCCGCAGCUCUGGCCAGGGCGGAGGCGCGGCAGCGGCAGGCGCUCUGCCAGGAGCUGGAGUACAUGAAGCGACUCAGGGGGCCCCGCACGGUGCACACGUACGGGGGGGUGACCGCGCUCGCGAGGGACCGGAUGGUGCUGGUGAUGGAAUUCAUGCCCGGGGGUGACUUGCUGCUGAAGCUCAGGAAGCUCAGGAGGCCAUUGGAGGAAGGGGUCUUGAGGCAGAUCGUGAGGGAUAUUUGCGAGGGGAUGACGUUCUUGCACAGCAAGGCGUUCGUGCACGGGGACCUCAAGUCGUCGAACAUCCUAUUCGACGCCAGGGGGAGGGCGAAGGUCUUGCGCCACAGAGGGGCAACCGCUCACAGCGACGUCUACAGCUUCGGCGUGGUGCUUUGGGAGUGCCUGUCCCGCAAGGUGCCCUGGGAACACGUCGUAGAUGUCGGAGAUCUGUCAAUGGCGGUGACGAGCGGAGAGCGACCGGAGAUGCCGGAGAUCUGUCCCCCGGACCUGGCCAACCUGGCGAGGGCGUGCUGGAAGGGCGACCCCGCCGCUAGGCCAACCUUUGAGGCCGUGCUGGCUAGCCUUGGUUGA